UUGACCCUGUUCCUCACCAGCCCUCCCCAGACAAGCCCAAAACCACGGUCAAGGCGGUCGCUGUCAGGAAAAUAUUACGCCUUGGCGCCAUCAUGGUCUAAUCCAGUGGUAAGCACACUUUCAAUACUCAACAUGUAUUUGUUUCCGCAGUUUAAACAUACAGUAUUCCCAUAGGCAAAAUAUUUCCACAUAUACAAAAAAAAUGAAAUGGGAAGUGUGAGCCACAGGGGUAAACUUUUUGGCACCAUGCACAAGAGUAAUAGGUUGCAUUACUUGCAGUAUUACCCUAUAUCUUUUUUUGAAUGUUUUUUUCAUUCAUUAUUACUCUGACAAAAUCUUUUGUUAUAUGCUUAUGUGCAAUAGGAACCGAUGUCUGUACCGUCCACAUCAAAAGCGGUUAUAGCUCCCCUGUCUGCAUCUUCAUCAUUGCCGAGUAUCCCGAGUGAAGAGGAGGGUGAGGCGGAGGCUGAACUGGACGUUACAGAUCUCAGCAAGAGCUUAGGGGAAAUGGAUGUGAAAGACACCAGCUUCGUCUUGACAAAUUCACAGUCGUCUUCCACUACAGGGACUGGGUCUUGUUCAGAAGUUGUUUAUGCAGACUCAGACAAACCAUGGACAGAAAGGAAAUGGGUGGUGAACGAGUCCAACAUCCUCCAACUUUUUCGGUCAUGUCUUCAGUGCAGGGCUUUGACAGAAACUACAAUCACCACCAACGGCAGCCAAAUAAAAAUAAACUGGACGUGUGGGAAGCACUCUGGUGAAUGGAAAUCCUGUCCCGAUCGCCGUGGUGUGGCUGAGAAUAAUCUGCUGAUCUGUGCCUCAACAGUCUUUACUGGAUCCACAUACACGGACAUAGCUGACUGGGCGAAGCUCGUGAACAUUUCCAUUCCAGCACAUACAACAUUUUAUGCCAUGCAAAGGGCAUAUAUUCUACCUGCCAUACAGUCUGUGUACCAGAAGCAACAUGACCAAAUAAUGUCCCGCCUAAUUGAAGAAUCCAAAUCCGGAAAGGGGCUUGAACUCUGUGGUGACGGAAGGUGUGACAGUCCAGGUAAAUUCAAUUCUAAUCUGUAUAGAUACUUGUUUCACAUUAAUUUUCUUCAUCAUAACAACCCAAUCCUUGAUACUGAACCGAUUUUGUUUUUCUUUCAAGGUUUCAGUGCCAAAUACUCCACCUACUCUUUCCAAAGUGACACCACAAAGGAAAUAGUACAUUUUGAACUGGUCCAGGUAAUAUGUUUUUGCUAAACUAAAUCUCUAUGUGGUUCAACGCUUAUUUCACAUGAUCUAAAAGAGAUAUGGUUCUUUUUGAAUAUCCAUUAUGCCACAGGUGACAGAAGCAAGCAGCUCUGUUGCGAUGGAGGUCAUGGGACUUCAGAGGGGCCUGGAUGAACUGCUGAGUUGUGGGGUGGAUAUAGCUGUGAUGACGACAGACAGAUCACCAUCGGUCCGGAAAUUGAUGAGAGAAGAACAUCCCCAAAUCCGGCACGAGUUGGAUCCCUGGCAUGUUGUAAAGGGAAUCAAGAAGAAAAUUGUUGCGGCAUCAAACAGACGGGGUCAGAAAGAGCUGCUUGGAUGGUUCAGAGCCAUUACCAACCACUUUUAUUGGUCUUGCGAUACUUCCAAGGGUGAUCAGGAGCUUUGCAUCCUUCGAUGGUGCUCCGUGCUUCAUCACAUCAUUGGAGUGCAUCGGUGGGAGGAAGGCGGCACUACGUAUACCUGCCAUCACCCAGCCCUGUCCAUUGAGGAGCAGCAAGACAAGAAAAGAUGGCUUGAACCUCAGUCCCCUGCUUUUUUGGCCCUCAAAGACAUCGUCACAAACAAGAAUCUCCUCCAAGACAUGAGGCAGAUGGCGCUUUUCAAGCACACAGGAACUCUGGAGGCCUUCCACUCUGUCAUGCUGAAAUAUGUCCCUAAAAGACUGCAUUUUGGAUAUGACUCCAUGCGGGCACGGACACAGCUGGCAAUCAUGGAUCACAAUGAAAAUGUUGGCAGACAACAGGCUACGACUAAAGAAGGUGACCUCCGUUGGCAAUUCUCCUUCUCAAGACAGUCAGCGGACUGGGUGACAAAGCCUAUCUACACAAAGACAACACAGAACUUCCGAAAAGACAUAAUGGACAGUGUACUGGAAAUGAGAGACAACCCUUCCAUUGACUACACUCAGCGCAACAAGGCACCCCACCGCAAAAGACUGCUGCACAAUAUCGCCACAGUCCCAAGACCAGAGAAAGCUGUUUUGUUGGCAAGACGGACAAGUCGUUUUGGAAAUGUCAGAGCCAAGCCGUAUUAGUGGUGCAUAAGUUGUGGUGCUUUAUGGAUAGUGACACCCUGAUUACCUGAAGACUUUUCAUCAUUAUAAAACGUUCACUCUUUCCUUUUUUGUUUAUUACUGAAUGAAUGAUUAUAGCUAUGAUGUACACACUACAUAUUCGGACACACUUUUCCUCAUUUGCAAUAAAGUUCAAGUAAAACUA